AACUGACGUUAUCUGAUCAACACGAUCCUGUGAUCUGGCUUAAGUCUAUGCUGUUACUCCUGAUAUGCUGGAGUAGGCGUUCCUUUUCUAUUCCCUCAGCGCAACCAUUUCCACCUCAUAUGCGCAAACAACACCAUGGCAUCAGCAAUCUUCUUCCUUGAUCUCAAGGGCAAGACGCUCUUAGCGCGUAAUUACAGAGGCGAUAUUCCUAUGUCCGCUGUAGAAAAGUUUCCCAUCCUCUUAAGCGAAGCUGAGGAAGAGAGCUCAGCAGUUCCGCCGUGCUUCUCACACGAAGGCAUUAACUAUCUCUACAUCCGUCAUAAUAACCUCUAUCUAUUAGCAAUAACCAAAAAGAAUACCAACGCGGCCGAGAUUCUACUGUUUUUGCACAAGAUAGUCGAAGUGUUUACCGAAUACUUCAAGGAACUAGAAGAGGAGAGUAUACGGGACAAUUUCGUGGUUAUUUAUGAGCUAUUGGACGAGAUGAUGGACUUUGGGCAUCCACAAACCACCGAGUCUAAGAUAUUGCAAGAGUAUAUCACUCAAGAAUCGCACAAGUUGGAAGUACAAGCACGCCCACCCAUUGCUGUCACGAACGCUGUUAGUUGGCGAAGCGAAGGCAUUCGAUAUCGAAAGAAUGAGGUCUUUUUGGACGUCAUCGAGUCUCUAAAUCUGCUCGUCAGCGCGUCAGGUAAUGUCCUACGAUCUGAAAUAUUGGGAGCUAUCAAGAUGAAAUGCUACCUAUCUGGAAUGCCUGAGUUGAGACUGGGUUUGAACGAUAAAGUCAUGUUUGAGACGACUGGUCGAGCUACAAGAGGCAAGGCCGUGGAGAUGGAAGAUGUCAAGUUCCAUCAGUGUGUACGGCUGAGUAGAUUUGAGAAUGACAGAACUAUCAGCUUCAUCCCACCAGAUGGAGAGUUCGAGCUCAUGAGCUACCGUUUAAACACGCAGGUCAAACCACUAAUAUGGGUGGAAUGUGUUGUGGAAAGCCAUUCGAAUUCCAGGAUGGAAUACAUGCUGAAAGCAAAAGCUCAAUUUAAACGACGGAGCACGGCGAACAAUGUCUCCAUCAUCAUCCCUGUACCUGAGGACGCCGAUUCACCCCGCUUUAGGACGAAUAUUGGCACAGUCCAUUACGCUCCUGAAACAGCGUCAAUUGUCUGGAAGAUCAAGCAGUUCGGUGGUGGUAAAGAGUUUCUUAUGCGAGCCGAGCUUGGAUUACCCUCUGUUCGGGGCGACGAUGAUAAAGGAGGAGGUAUGAUGGGUGGUUUUGGAGGUAGUAUGGGUGGCGUCGGUGGUGGCAAGGGCAAACGUCCGAUCCAAGUCAAGUUUGAGAUACCCUACUUCACGACUAGUGGCAUUCAAGUACGAUACUUGAAAAUCAUAGAGCCCAAGCUACAAUAUCCAUCGCUACCCUGGGUCCGAUACAUAACGCAAUCAGGCGACAUUGCCGUCCGAUUGCCCGACGUUCACGCUACCUGAAAUCUGAACUACUUACGAAAACGAUUAUACGCAUACCCGUAAGAUCACGCGAGGGUGAAUCAAGUUGCAUCUGCUGUUGCGCCCCAGAUUUGGAAAGGUUGCUUGGACCGCCCCGUGACCUACAGAUGCACACAGGACACCCCGGAGACAACUUUGGCACACCUCGGAUAGGCGGUAGAGUCGUCUGCUUCCGCAGCUAUGUUAAGUUGUGGGGAGCGUCCUACCUAUUCCUGGAGCAAUGAACGAGUGCCAAACUCUACUUUGACUAGACAACAACACACUACAAUUUAUAACCGUUUGCAAAACCUGGUAAUUCUUUAUGCUGCGCACUUCGUUUUGACUGGAGUGGAAUAUCAUAUCGAAACUUCACCUUACCGGAAAGGAGGCUGACGGUGAUGAGAAUGCAAAUCUGAGUUGUUUCUACACCUUAUUCGCCCACAAACGUGAAUUGUAUGGCUCUUCGUAGUUUCUAUGUGCAGAAAUGCUAUGUAGAAUGAUACUAUGGCCAUAUCUUCCCGUAGAUCCCUCGUUCAAGCCCAUGUAGUUCGACUUCUGUUGAAUAUGGCGGUAAACUCCAGACUUUUACAACAAAACCGCGCUUGUCGACCCCUGCCUGCUAUCAGAACC